AGAAACAUACAUAUAAUCAUGUCAACUCCGACAUCACCAGCAUCGUCACCUCUUCUUGAUUUUGACGACAUCCUUACCGAAAUUGGCGAGUUUGGGCGAUUCCAGCGACGAAAUUAUUUACUCAUCUGCCUGCCGGUCCUGUUCGCGGCGGCCAAUAGUCUAUCAUACGUGUUUACGGCGGGAGCACCCACAUAUCGUUGUAUAGUUCCCGCCUGUGAUAAUCUAGAGGCACCGGACUAUGGUGCGGAAUGGGUGUCGAUAGCCGUUCCCGGACGAUGGAAUAAUCAGGGCCAAUUUACGCCAGACACCUGUAACAAGUUUGUGGAGAAUAAAACCGACUCCAUCAUUCCUUCAUCUGACCACUGUGCGGCUGAGACCUUCACAGCUUAUACGGAACGGUGUUGGCAGUUCGUUUACAACAGUGACGAACACACUAUUGUUCAGGAAUGGGGACUUCAGUGCCAGGAGAACCUCUGGAAAUUGGCUUUCGUGGGAACCACACACUUUGCUGGGCUGGUGGUGGGCACCGCAUUGUCAGGCUACCUGGCUGAUCGCUUUGGACGCAAACAUGUAUUCCUAUUCUGCAUUGUUUUUAUGGCACUGACUGGAGUUGGACAAGCCUUGGCAUGGAACUACAUCAGCUUCUUGGUUUUUGCAUUUUUGAAUGCAGUUGGCACUUCCGGAGUUUACCCUCUGGCCUUCAUCAUCGGCGUGGAGAUGGUGGGUCCACGGAAACGUGAGAUGUCCUCCAUUGUGCUCAAUUACUUCUAUGCUGUGGGUGAGGCGCUUUUGGGGCUGGCAUUUUUUCUGCCCAACUGGCGGAAUCUGCAGCUAGUGCUCUCCCUUCCGCCACUGGUCUGCGUGGGAUACUUUUGGCUAGUGCCUGAGUCAGUACGGUGGCUUCUUGCCCGGGACCGGCGUGAACAGGCGGGCACUAUUAUUCGAAAGGUGGCGAAGGUGAACCGGCGAGAUAUAUCAGUCGAGCUCAUGGCCAGCUUUAAGCAACAAGAACUGGAGGCGGAUGGGGUCACAGGUGAGGAAAUAUCGACGGAUAACACCGUACCCGGACAUAAGGACGAUCAGAUCUGGGUAGCAGUCAAGCAAGUCCUUAGCUCCCACAUAUUGAUGGGUCGAUAUGCCAUUAUGUUGCUUGUCUGGGCAGUGAAUGCCAUUGUUUACUAUGGCCUCUCCUUAAACGCCACUAGCUUGAGUGGCAACAAGUACCUUAACUUUACUCUGGUGUGCCUCGUUGAAAUACCCGGAUAUAGUCUAGCUUGGGUGUUUCUACGCAGACUUGGCAGACGUUGGGCUCUUUCAGGAUCGCUGCUGCUAUGCUCCAUAACCUGCGUGGCUAGUGGAUUUGUAACCAUGGGUGCAAACUGGUUGGUGGUGGCGCUUUUCCUCAUCGGAAAACUGGGCAUCACAUCCUCCUUCGCUGUUAUUUACACUUACACAGCAGAAAUGAUGCCAACGGUUAUUCGAAGCGGUGGAGUUGGUGUUAUGUCUACUUUUGCGCGCUUUGGAGCUAUGCUGGCCCCCUUUGUUCCGCUUUUGGCAUCUUACUAUGAGCCACUGCCCUUGUUGUUAUUUGGAGCGACUUCUCUAGUGGCCGGACUCGUAUCACUUCUCCUGCCUGAAACAUUUCACAAAAAGUUACCUGACACGGUGGAGGAGGCGAUAGCUCUGGGAAAAUGAUUCAAUGCUCAA